AUGGCCUCAACUAAAAAUUUUUUUUCCAAAGAAGACAUAAGUAAUGAGGAAGGGAAUGAAAAAGAGGAAAAGAAAUCAAACAAUAAGGAACUAUUAGAAAAUAAUUCAGAGAAGUCCUGUUCUGGUAUACAGAAAACUAUUAGAUUAUUAAACUUAUUUAGUAAUAGUGAAAAGAAAAGGAAAAUUGAUAUUAGUACUGAAGAAUGUGCUGAUAAAAUAUUAGAAAAACAAAAUACUUUAAGUUCAAAAGAUAAAGAUCAAAAUCGUUUAAAUUAUAUGAAUAAUGAAUAUAUGAAUGAAAAAGGAAAUGUUAAAUUAUGUGAGGAGCAGAGAGAAGGUACACAUAUUCGUAUGAGUCAUUUGGGGAAUGAGGUAUCUUACAAUAAAACUGUUUCGACUUUUGAAAGGAAUGAAAUUAAUGAUGAGAAAAAGAAUGAUAUCAAAAUGAACGAUAUAAAAAAUGACGAUAUUAAAAAUGGAGACAUAAAAAAUAAUGAUAUAAAUAAUGACGAUAUAAAAAAUGGCGACAUAAAAAAUAAUCAUAUAAAUAAUGACGAUAUAAAAAAUGGCGACAUAAAAAAUAAUCAUAUAAAUAAUGACGAUAUAAAAAAUGGCGACAUAAAAAAUAAUGAUAGAAUAUCAUUAUAUGGGAAAUCAAAGAAAGGAGAAGAAAAAAAUAGAUAUAGUAAAGAAAAAACAAGUAUCCAUGUACAUCCAGAAGUAGAAAAAAAAGAUAAUAUAAAACAUUUUUUUGAUUACACCAAAUAUAGAAAUAAAUGUAAUGUAACAUUUUCAAUGAAAUAUAAAGAUAGUUCUGUAAGUCUAAGUAAUGACAAGUUAACUUGUUAUGGUGAUAAAGGAUGGUCUAGUGUGUUUGUAAAUAAUGGUGCAGACAUUGGAAAAUGGUAUUAUGAAAUAAAAAUUGAAGAACCUGUACAGAAUUUCAAUUUUUUAGGUUAUAAAGAUAAAAUUAUAAAAGUCAAUCCAUAUAUAAGAGUUGGUUUUGCUUGUAGAUAUAUGAGAUAUGAUUAUCCUAUAGGUACAGAUAAAUAUAGUUAUUGUGUUAAUAGUAAAAAUGGAAAAAUAUUUAAUAAUUCUAUUAGUUAUGAUUGUAUGGAACCUUUUAAUGUAGGUGAUAUUAUUGGUUGUUAUUUAAAUUUAAAAAAUAAAAAUUCAUAUAAUUUCGAUCCAAGAUUAGAUAAAAAGUUAUAUGAACAUUUACAAAAUGGAAUAUUAUGUGAUCCAAAAAAUCCACCUAUCUUAAAAAAAAAUGAAGGUUCAACAAUAUUUUUUUCUUUAAACGGGCAAAUAAAAAAAACAUCCUUUAUGGAUAUUUAUGAAGGAUUUUAUCAUCCGUCUGUAAGUUUAUAUAUGGGAGCAUCAGCUAAAAUUAACUUAGGCCCUAAUUUUACAUAUAACCAUUUGCAGGAUUACGUCCCAUGUGUAUAUAUGGAGCCUCCCAUCGUAUUAUAA